AUGCUGAUCAGGAGUGUGGAGUCUGCGGCAGAAGAAGUUUUGGACAGCGGCAAUGGAGAAGACAGUGUGAAUAAGAAGGCCGCUAAAGCUGCAGCUUCCCGUGUAGCAUCUUGUGCUUUUCACCCUGAGAUCAGGAUAUCUCCGACAACGGGGGAUUGUUUCUUAACAAACCCGCGGAACAUGGAUAGUACAAUUGAUUUCUCGUCGGACGACAUUGAUAUGCUGACAUUCACUGAAAACUUCUCCGAUACUCGCAUGUGUGUAAGAGAUAAAUUUGUGGAGCUGACGACUGGGAACGAAAUCGCGUCCAAAAAGAAAAUAUUGGCUGGUUUUGUCAUGACCGAAAACCUGAAUCCAGCCACUGCGAGAGUCAUUGCUGUUGCGACGGGAACGAAGUGCAUUUCUGGUGGUGAGCUCAGCAUUGAUGGGAAUUCCGUACAGGACUGUCACGCCAAAAUAAUCGCAAAAAGAGGCGUUCGGCUUUUUUUCAUCGAACAAAUGAAAGCUUCCUUGGAUUUGAGGGAGUCGAUAUUCACUCAUCUUCCGGACGGUCGUUUCCAAUUACACCCAGGAAUACACUUUCAUCUCUUCGUGUCCUCUGCAACCUGUGGGGAUGCCAGGAUCUAUUGUCUUCAAGAAACUGUUGGAAAUUUCUGCCCUGCAAGUAAGGUCCGAAAUGCUGGCGUUCUGCGGACAAAAAUCGAAUCCGGCGAAGGAACCAUUCCCGUUCAAGGCAAUUCCCAGCAGACCUUCGAUGCCAUAGUUGGGUCCUCUGUUGCCGAUGUCGUGUUCGGACAAAGUCUGCCGAUGGAACGUAACCGAUUGGAAGGUUUUCAUUUUGCUGGAGAAUCCGUGCAGAUUUAG